AUGGCAUCACCAAGCGCUGACGUUCUCGGUUACGAGAAAUCUACUUUUGACGCUGGUCUUCACUUUGCUCGUCCUGCGUUUACUUUCCAAACCUCGCAGUGGGAGCCUUUGGCGAAAGAGACACUCUCGGCAACUUCUUGGGGCUACAUCCACGGAAAUUGUGGUAGUGGCUCAACAUACAGGAACAACUUGACUGCUUUCUCUCGCUGGUCCAUCGUUCCGAAUCGCCUUGUGCCAAGUCACAGGGAUGAGAAUGGCAAUGAGCAGUUCUCUGAUACCUCUACCACAGUUCUUGGGCAAAAGCUUCCGUUCCCAUUGGCAAUUGCACCCAUUGGGGUUCAAAAAGUCUUCAACCCUGAAGGUGAAGCUGCUACUGCUCGAGCCGCUGCAUCUCUAGGAGUUCCCUAUACACUAAGCACAGCUUCAAGCACUAGUAUUGAAGAUGUCGCAGCAGCGAAUGGAAAGGAUGCGCCUCGAUGGUUCCAACUCUACUGGCCUAGCCGCGAACACGACGACAUCACCAUCUCAAUGCUCAAGCGCGCCAAAGCAUCCGGCUACACGGCUCUUUUCGUCACCCUUGACACUUACGUCCUGGGCUGGCGUCCGAGCGAUUUGGACAACGGCUACAACCCUUUCAUCCACCCAGACCACAUCGGCGUCGAAAUCGGUCUGACAGAUCCUGUUUUCCAAAAGAAGUUCAGGGAGAAGCACGGCUAUGAUAUCACUGAUGCAGCUAGUGGAGUCUAUCAAGCGGCUCAGGGCGGAUCCGCUGGAGCUAGUCUCGGUGACGCGGCCAGAGAGUGGGCCAAGAUCGUAUUCCCCGGCCAUUCCCAUUCCUGGGAAGACAUUGAAUUUCUAAAGAAGCACUGGGACGGGCCCAUUGUUCUCAAAGGAAUACAGAGUGUUCACGAUGCCAAGAAGUGUGUUGAGGCUGGUGUUCAGGGGAUUGUGGUGAGCAACCACGGCGGUCGUCAACAAGAUGGUGGAGCGAGCAGUUUGGGUAUGCUUCCGCGAAUUGUUGAUGCUGUCGGUGAUAAACUUGAUAUCUUCUUUGACAGUGGUAUCAGGUGCGGUGCUGAUAUCAUGAAGGCCGUUGCCCUGGGAGCGAAGUGUGUUCUUGUUGGAAGGCCCUAUGCUUAUGGGUUGGCGUUAGGUGGUGAGGAUGGUGUGAGGCAUGUUCUGAGAGCGUUGUGUGGUGAUUUGACUAUGAACAUGCACUUGGCUGGACUGAGGGAUAUUAGUGAGGUAAACCGGGAUAUCUUGGUGAAGGAGAGUGAUCUUGUGUAA